CCUCAGGCCACGGUCGCAUUAUUUGCGGCCGUUUCGGACGAGCCUCGACGAACCGAGGAUAUUUGUGGCCCCGACGAAGGAGCGGCGCCGGCAGACGAUGUUAUCGCGCGAGAGAAGGAGCAGAAAGAGCGACAGCGUUCGCAGCAGCAACAGCAGCAGCAGCAGGAACAGCAACAAGAACAGGAAUCUCAAGUUCAGGUUCAUGCGGAACAGGAAGCGCAACCUCAACCGCAACGUCAACCGCAGGAACAACAAAAGCGGGAAGAAAUACAACAGAAGGAACCGGGGCACCUACAACAGCAAGUUCGUCAGAAGAUAGAGAAGGAUAGGGAGACACGAAAGCUUCAGCAAGAGCAACAGCUAUUAAAGCGUAAACAGGAACUGGAGGAGCAGCUCCGACGCAAAUUUGAACGAGAUGCGAUAGCGUUGCAGCGUAAACUAGAACACGAGGACAAACCGUUGCAGCAGAAGCUAGAACACGAUGUACAAAGAAAACUGGAGAAAGAAAAGGAAGAACAGCAGCAAAUUAUACAGCAGAAGAAACAAACGGAGCAGCUAAAGAAGGAAGAAACGAAACAUCCGUCAAAAGAUGAACAGCAAAAAGUGGACGAUAAGCAGCCGCAACUGCAGAAGACCGACGAACAGCCGGAACAGAAAGGCAAACAACUGCAGGAAACACUGGAUACAAGUGAGCACGCGAAGCUGCGCGAGCAAGGUGAGAAAGAGCAACUCGUGGAGGUAUCGCGUCAAGUGUCGCCAAUGCAACAGCCAGAAAUGGAGGUAACGGCGCAGCUGAAAGAUCAAAAGGCACGGGGGGAGGAGAAGCCGCAGGCGCAGCAGCCUAUGGAACCGCAGCAGCAGCAGCAGCCGCAGCCGCAACAGGAGCAAUCGGGAAUCCGACCGCUUGAAGAAGUCGGUGGACUUUACAUUAGGAUAGUGCUGAGGCACGAGGCACGUCCCGCGAAUUUGGUCUGGCUGUACAAAACGCACAUAUUCUAAAUUCCGAUUAAUUCGCCUCGUCGCUUCCGUCUUGGAUGUCUCGAGCGACCUUGCGGCUAUACGGCUCUACGACUCUAUCCAUCCAUGUUGAAAGGUACCGUGAAGAAUGCGGGACUCCGGGGUUACUUAAUGUCUUAAGAGAGUAUCGGCGUAUUUUCUUUAACGUUUCUGUAAUGUCAACGCGCUAAAGGUAACGCGCGCGCGUCAUACCAUCAACUGGUGCAUGUAAUCAGCGUCUUCUUUACGGCGGCGGUGCAAGCGAAGCUUUAACGGUGAGUCCAGCGCCGCGGUCUCGGUAAUCUCGAUAUGCGCGCGUCGCCACUUCUAGGUGUGUAAUAAAUCAAAGGAUUCCGUUAGGCUCGAUUGUCCGUGAUCUUGGAACAGGACAGUCGUACUCGUGUUAUUGUUGCAAAAGGAAAUAUGUAUUUGUUAAACGUGCAAUGUGCAAGCGUAAAUAUGUGCAUGUAAACAAAAAAUGCAUCCAUUGCUUCGUUUAUCAUGCUUUUUCUAUCGUUCGACAAGCACACAGUACCGUUCGGUCAAAUCAUAGACAUAGUAAGUAUAGACCGAGCAUUCCGCUGUAUAAGCGUUGAUGCAUACGAAAAGAAAGAGAAAAGAUAUAAGAGGACCUUCUUUCUCUUUUUAAUGCCGGAAAAGUGGGGAGCACUUCUCCUCAUCUCCUCGCGUCGAUUCAUCAUUUCCCCUGUCAGGCUCUCCCUACUACGAUGAUGUCGGAGAGAGAAAGAAACUCUUCUUACAUCUUUUCUCCUUCUUUUCGUAUGCAUCACGCUUAUACAACAAAUGCUCGGUCUAUACUUACUACGUCUAUGGGUCAAAUGGAUGCAUCAUUGCGAGCAGAUAAUUAAUAUGGAUUAAUUAAAUAAGUGUGUCUAAAGAUGCAAUCUCUUAUAUAUUUAUAGUAUUGUUUGCAUUUUUUAAGAUUGUUAGUUUCUAUAAUUUAUAUUGUGCAACUGCUUAUUUUCUUUUUUGCAGUUCCUAAUUUAUCAUAAAUUUCUUUAUGUUACUUUUCUUUAACUAUCUCUAUUGAACUAUUUAUCUGUUAUUAAUCAACGAAACCGCAUUAUGUCGAGCUUUUCACUACGAGACGUAUGUGGUUAUAGUAACGAUCUCAGAGAGAUACUAUAUACGCUUGUUAAAAAUAGAUCUGAUAUUAUAUUAUAGCCGAGAAAGAUGCAGAGCAUAUAUUCUAUCGUUUCUGGACAACGUGGUGGCGAUUUGACAGUAACAGAUGACCGUUGGAGAGUUUUGCCAUAGGCGCUUCCCUCGACAUUAUUAUACCCGACCCAAGACAUAUUCAUUUUUCCAGUCAGUUGCACCAUUAAUUCUCAGAAAACCAGAGAUCGCAGCGAGGCUACGGUUCGGAUAAUAAAAGAAGUCUGAAUACUCGCUAGAUAAAUCUCACUGAAAAACGAAUGCUAUUGCUGUAGUUUUUAGCUAUAGGUGUAAUCAAUGCAUGCAGCUACAAGUUACACGUUACACCUCAGUCUGUUAUUAUAAGUAAAGAACACGUACUAGAGUUUAGAGAGUUAUGUACGCGCGCAUCCUUAGUAACGUUAGAUAUCAGUCAGAAGCAAUUUAAUUUUUAAACAAAGCUUAAAGCACAUAGAUCAAAACAUCAAGAAACGUUAACAAUUGAACGUGAAAUUACAAUCCAGCUGUCGCCUCUGAUAGUGUUUUUAUUACUGUCGCAUGUGCAGCUUGUUUUUGCGUAGAUGUGUCAAAGAUACGUUUAUAAAUGUGAAUUUUAUUGUCUAUGUACCGUUGUCUGUUUGUGUGCAGCGACAUUUCUAUUGUUUUACACAUAAGACAGUGUAAGGAAAAAAAAAAGAUAUAAUAUCGUUGAGCAGCCUAAAUGGCGCAAACUCCUCGUUAUAAUGUUAAUCGAUAAUGCAAUCGAGCUGAAUAUACGGAUAAAGUACGACAUAAAAUAUUGCACUGAGGUUAUUUCUUCUCGUUUAAAAACGACUCUUCGAUUAAAACUAAUUAACAUGUUCACUGUCACCGACGCGCAGGCGCGUCUAUAAUUUGCGCUUGUAUCUCCGUUUUUAAACGCUUAUAGUUUAAGCGCCAAAGUUUUAUACACUGCUUGCCGCCUCACACUUUAAAAAAAAAAUUACGACAAAAUGUUCCUGGCAGAAAUAAACGAACAAUUAGUGAUAGUAAACGUGUUAAUUCGAUAAUUAACAAUUUGCUAUUUUGCGCUUAUUCCGACUAUUACAUAUUUUAAGAAAUUUUGUAUUAUGCCAGCAUUUAGUCUUCCAUCUAUUCUUAUUUCAAUGAAAGGCACGUAAGAAUAAUUUUUUUGUCUUAUUAUAGAUAACAUGUAACAUCGUUGUAACGUUAAGUUUUCUGUACUACUUAAGUAAUACUGAUUUUAUACAUAUCCCUCUUCCUGAAUAGGACUCUAUACAUAUAUAUAUAUAAGAAGCACUUCCAUUCGAAGAUAAAGCUAUAACAGAAAGGAAGAAAGACAGGCGGUCUUAAUGGAAUUGUACAAAGUUGAAGCCGUUAAUUCGCUGGCGAUCGGUAUAACUAAAACUCUAUCUAAAAGUUCGAUCUAUUUACUGUGAUAUGCCGUAGCCGAAUCAGUCCAACUAUAAAUAAAGAAGAACGUGAUGUCAAA